UUCUGCAGCCGGCUCCCCUUUCCCCUGGCAAGCCAGCCCCCCCUCCCCCGCGCCCCUCCGCAGCAAAGCCCUGCGCGCCCCUCCGCCUGUCCCUCCCCCGCCUCGCCUCGCCCGUCCUUCCCCCGCCCGCGCCGUCCCGCCAGUGACUCCCCCUGGCCGCGGGCGGCAGCUCCCCUUCGGUCUCCCCCACCGAGCGCGCCGGCAGUCCGGGGCCGGGCGCCGCGCAAGAGCCCCCCAUGCUGCUGCUGCCGCCGGGCGCCGGCGGAGGAGGAGCUGCCAGGCGGAGGCUGCGCUGCGGACUCCUGCUGCUGCUGCUGCUGGCGGCCGCCCCCCUGGGCCACGCGUGGACCUACCGCGAGGAGCCCGAGGACAGCGACAGGGAAGUCUGUUCGGACAGCAAAGUCGCCACCACCAAGUACCCGUGCCUCAAGCCCGGCGGCCAGCUCGCCACCUGCUUCAGGAAAAAGUGCUGUAAAGGUUAUAAAUUUGUUCUUGGGCAAUGCAUCCCCGAAGACUAUGAUGUCUGUGCAGAUGCUCCGUGCGAACAACAAUGCACAGAUAACUUUGGGCGCGUCUUGUGUACCUGCUAUCCUGGUUAUCGGUAUGACCGCGAAAGACACAGAAAUCGAGAGAAACCGUAUUGCCUAGAUAUUGAUGAGUGUGCCACAAGUGCCGAACCUCCCUGCCCCCACGUCUGCGUCAAUACUGUCGGCAGCUACCGGUGUGAGUGUCAUGAAGGCUUCAUCCGUGAAGAUGAUGGUAGGACGUGUACCAAAGGAGAGAAAGGGUUUGCCGAGAAGACCGAUAACGUGGUGAAACAGGGGGCGUGCUGCGCUUCCUGCAAGGAAUUCUACCAAAUUAAACAGACGGUGUUGCAAUUGAAGCAGAAGGUUGCUUUGCUCCCAAACAACGCUGCUGACCUUAGCAAGCCAAUCACCGGGGAAAAGGUGCUUGCCUCCAAAGCCUAUUUAGCAGGUCCUCCUGGACAACCAGGUGACCAGGGCCCUCCAGGUGCUGCAGGACCAAAAGGGAGCCCCGGAUUUCCUGGAUCUCCUGGACCUCCAGGUUUGCCAGGCCCUAGGGGACCAAUGGGGCCUAUGGGGCCAUCUCCAGACUUAUCCCAUAUCAAGCAAGGCAGAAGGGGUCCUGUGGGCCCUCCAGGGGCACCAGGGAGAGAUGGGGCAAAGGGUGAGAGAGGUGCGCCGGGUGAAAAAGGGUCCCCAGGGCCACCAGGUUCCUUUGACUUCUUGUUGCUGAUGAUGGCAGACAUCAGAAACGACAUUGCUGAGCUGCAAGAGAGGGUGUUUGGGCACAGGACUCAUUCGUCGGCAGAAGAGUUCCCACUACCUCAGGAAUUUCCGAACUAUCAGGACGUGGUGGAUCUGGGAUCUGGAGAAGACUUCAAGGAAAGGACUACGUCAAGGAACUCCAGGACACGAAGAGAAAGCCAACAUUAGACAGAACUGGCGACUGGAGAAAGAAUAAACAUAAGGUUGCAAUCCACAAGUCACUUAAGCCAGCGUACUUGCACAUAUCCCAGUUUACAUGGAUGGAAGUCAAUAGAAGAUAGAAAAAUAAGUUUAUGUAUAUCUAUUGUGAUGACCACAUUCCUUUCCCUAGUUUCAGAGGUUAGCUAUGUUGGACUGCAAUAGAAGAACUUGGUUUGAAUCCAUUAGCACUUUAGAAAUCAACAGUUUUUUGGGGGUAAAAGCUUUUGAGAGACGAAGCUCCCUUUGGCACAGUGCCUGAAUAUCUUGUUGGUUUCUAAGGUACUCCCGCACUCAAAUCUGGUUAUUUCGUUCCAUAAGCAUUGCAGGUGUGGUCAAAUGAAGACCCAAGCUACACAAUUAACAAAUUCCCUUCAUACAUCUGUUUCUGGGAUACACAACUUCAGAACGUUUGGAUGUUCCCUUGCAUUUUUGUACAAAGCCUUGCAUCUAGAAAUCUAGCAUAUCAGGAAAACAAAUGUUGUAUUCUAGCCUUCUUCAAACCAUGCUAGUUUUUCUAACAUGUUGGAAGUAUUUUUUUUAAUCGGAGAGCAUUCAAAAAUUUGGUUCCCUCACUGCAAUCUGAAGAGUUGCUAUGGUCCAGCUCUCACUCUAUCACAUGAGCCUGCUGACGGUGCAGCUCAUCAAGGGACCAGUGCUGGCGCAUAUUCUGAGCCGCCACUUGCCUGUGGACCAUCAACCCCUCACCUUGAUCUGCUGACUCUCCAGCAGGAGGACUGUUUGAAGGUAUCUAUGAGUGCUUUCAAACACACACAACCUCUCGUUUUCCAAACAGAUCUUCUGCAGUGAGGACAUUCUGCUAUUCUUUAGCAUCUUCUGAAGUUGUCUACAUUCCAGAAGACAUUCUGUUUUCCACUGGCUUGUUCAGCCUCUGGAAGAACAAUACCAUGCAGUUCCUUCUCUUUCUUUCCCCAGUACUCUUGGGCGUUUAGUGCUGGAAAUUGGACGUUACGCAGAGGCGGAGCUAUCAGGGGACGGGGGGCGCACGUUGCAUCGGGAGUGUGCCUAGGGGAUCGGAAAAUCGCCUCCCAGAGGCCCCCCUGCCUCCCCGUGGUGUUACCCCCCCCCCCCACACACACACACACACACUUACCUUAGUGAAACAGUGCAGGCUGGAGAAGCGGCCUGCUCCC